GAUGACCGACUGACUCUCGGCCACUUCGAUGACCUGGCCCAAUGGCUGCUCCGACCUUGGCUGGGACUACUUCAAAUUCUAAUACAGAGCUCAUACGCUGUUGUGUCUGGCGAAGUUAUCUAGAGCCAGCAUAUCUAUGUUUUCCCUCAGAUCUUCAUCAAGUAUAAGACCGCUGUUACGGCCAUUCUCCUGGAAAUGUCCCAAACACACUGGCAUACUUGUGCUCUCGUCCCCUAAGCCCCUCGUUCGACCUACCUGGUCUGGUACACCUCCCCGAACACUUCAAUCACAGAAAUGGCGCAAUCUUUCGACGUCAUUACCUCGACGUGCGCAGUAUAAUAGGUUCUCUUCUGGUCCUGAAGGGCCCUCCAAUCUAAAGACUUGGGACAUACAGACAGUGGUAGCUACAUGCGUUGUCGCUGGUGGUGUAAUGUAUUAUGUCGCCCAGUGAGUUACGAUAUCUGACCGAGUUUUGCAGUCUCUUGCUCGUGCACGUUCUCAUAUAACCAUUUGCUUGACCUGCAGCUUAGAAAAAGUACCCGAGACAGGUCGCUGGAGGUUUAUGGACGUCAACCCAAAGUAUGAAGCCGAGGUGAAUAUUCCACUACCACAAGUUUCCAUCGAUUUUUGCUGAUUAUCGUCUUCGAACGGACGUUCUAAAACUAGCUUGCCAAAACGUCCUACGCAGAACUCGUUGACGAAUUCGGAGACAAGAUGCUCCCUCCCAACCAUCCGUUGACGCGUCACGUACGGCGUGUGGUAAUCAAUAUACUUGAAUCAUCCGACCUGGGCACUCUGCGUUCCGACGGUCCCGCACCAAUAACGACGAAAAGCCCCGACGGCGACGUUUGGGGUGGUGAUGUGUUCAGGGAGGAUAGUCAUAGUGAACUGGUGCCUGGGAGCGGUGGCAGAGAGUGGAAUUUACUCGUUGUGAACGAUCCCAAGAUGAUCAAUGCAAUGGCAACGGUUGGAAAUAUUGUUGUAUUCACGGGUAUAUUGCCUAUAUGUAAAGAUGAACAGGGAUUGGCGGCCGUCUUGAGCCAUGAAAUAGGUCACGUUGUGGCUCGCCAUAUCUCUGAGCGCUACUCCUCCACGAAAGUCCUCCUGUUCAUCGCUCUUCUAUUACAAGCAUCUGGUUUAGAUUUUGGCGUUGGAAAGUUGGCCACACAUUUAUUGCUAGAAUUACCAAAUUCGAGGACGCAAGAAACAGAAGCUGACACUAUCGGUAUGCGAUUAGCAUCAAAAGCAUGUUAUGAUCCCAAGGCAGCGGUAGACGUCCAUGUUCGGUUGUCCGAAUUUGAAAAGAUGGCUGGAGGCUCUUCUGGCGCCGAGUUUUUACGCACUCAUCCCGGGGCUGAAAGGCGUAUUAAGCAUCUUCAAGAGUUGCUGCCGGAGGGAUAUUCUAUUCGAGCUGGGAGUUCUGACUGUGGAGGAAUGCAAGAUUCUGUGGAUCGAUUCAUAAGCGCUGCGCAAUACUAUUCUUUCCGACAAUGACGAUUGCGUGGACGCUCUUAUUGCUUAUGGAGACUGUUUCAUGUUCACACAAGAUAGAGGACUGGUUCUAAGCCGGUUUACGAGGCUACGCUGCCGAAGAACACUUUGGCGAUUGAACAGAGUUUUAGGUUGCUGCAAUGGACGCAAACAUACGAGGCUUAGAGUGGCUUGGAGUGGGAUGGGUGGGAUGGCUGUGGAGAGAGUCUGGGUAGACUUGAUAGAUGAUGUCGAUGGAGAGGGAUAGAUGAUAGUGUCGAUAACAAACAUGACGGAGUGGUGAUCUCAAGUAAUUAGGUGUCGGACAUAAGCCGUAUUUAGUCGCGUUUUCGCCGAG